AGCCGGCUAGCCUCAUGGCUAGAUGAAAGGAGCCAGAUACAAGUAAGGAGAAUUGGAAAAAAGAAGCCAUUUUUAUCAGCACCAAUAGCAACAAAAACAGAGACGAUGAUGCCCUAGUCCGUUCUUAACAUCAUCUUCACCGCAGCGCUCUUUCAAAAUUCUUCGAGAAUCUUAAAGGAAAAAUAUUCAUCUAAAGCAAUUCGGAGGAUCUGGUUAAACCCUUAAUCAAACAAAUUAGGGUUUCUCUUAUUAUUUCUUCUUCCCCGUUUUAAAGGAGGAAUUAGGGCAUCCGAUUAAACAGAAAAUGUAUUCCUCAAGAGGGAGUAAUGCUUAUGGGCAGCAGCAAUACGGCGCUCAGCAGACGUAUGGACAAAAUUCCGGAGCUGAUGGAAGCUCCCUGCCUUCUCGACAAUCAUCUAUGCAAGGAUCUGCUGUUCAAGAGGCAGAAAUUGGUGCUGGAUAUAGAGGUCAUCAUCCUUCAGCGUCAACUCAUUUUGGGGGACCAUAUGGUGCAGUCUAUGGAUCAACUGCGCUGAGCAGUGCCCAGCAGGUUGGACCAAUGAGUGACAAGGGAGCAACUUCAUCAGCUCUUCAAGGUCGGACUGGCUAUUCUUCAGGUAUUGCAGGUUCUCACAUGUUUGCAUCUGCUGACUAUAUUUCAUCGUCAAGUCAUGGAUAUGGCCCUAAAAGCGAUCAAAUCUCAUCUGGGAAGCUUUCUGACUACUCUUCCGUAGAUAGACGGCAUUAUGACUUGCAAAGUGAAGUAACUAGACGAUACACAGACUCUGUUGGUCUUGGUCAUCAACUUCAGCAGCCUGAGAUUUACGAUCGCAUUGACCAGGCUGCACUACUUAGACAGCAACAGUUGCUAAAAUCUCAAUCACUACAAUCCGCUUCUCCUCUAGAUGGUGGUGCUAGACCAGCUGACUAUCUUGCUGCGCGGGGUGCUCCCAUUCGUCACUCCGCACAAGAUUUAAGUGUCUAUGGUGGAAGGCUGGAUGCAGAUCCUCGUACUUUAUCAAUGCUUAGUGGUCUUCCGUACGAUGGACAACAUCAAGCAUCAUCCAUAUUAGGGGCAGCACCUCGAAGAAAUGCUGAUGACCUCAUGUAUGCUGCACAAGGUUCUGCAACUUCAGGUUAUGGGGUGAGUCUGCCUCCUGGUCGGGACUACGGGAAUGCGAAAGGACUUCAUGUCACAUCACGUGAAUCUGAUUAUUCUAGUAGCCUUUUGUCACGUGGUGGUGGCCUUGGAGGUUCCAGGAUGGAGGAAAGAAAAGAUGAUAGAGGAACUUUCCGGCGAGAGCUAGAAAUAAGGGAGGAGGAGCGUCGUAGGGAUCAUGUGCGUGUGCGAGAGGAGCGAGAACGAGAACGAGAUCGCGAACGUGAACGAGAACGGGAGCGACGUGACAAAGAUAGAGAACGUGAAAGUAAACGUGUCCCUGAAAUUAGGCGAGAAAGAACGCCACCAAGAAUCACUAGAGAACGACCUGGUUCCGCUUUAGGAAAGGAGGAGAAGUCUCUGGGACGAGAUUUGCAACGUCAUGAUUCUCAACAGAGGCGCCAUUCACCUGUUAAAGAGAAAAGGAGGGAAUAUGUCUGCAAGGUGUACCCGUCUUGUUUGGUGGAUGUUGAAAGGGAUUAUUUGUCCGUUAGCAAGUGCUAUCCUAGGCUAUUUGUCUCACCAGAUUUCACAAAGGCUGUUGUGAACUGGCCAAAGGAGAACCAGAACAUUUCUUUCAGCACUCCUGUUAGCUUUGAGCAUGACCUUGUUGAAGUAGAGAGCCUUUCUGUGAAAAAAGAGGCAUCCGUUCAGUUAGUUGCUGAGCCUGGGAAACCCACAAGUGGUGCUACCAUAUGGAAUGCUAAGGUGAUGUUGAUGAGUGGAAUCAGCAAGGAUGCUUUGGAGGAGCUGUCUUCUAAUAAAAACUAUGAAGACCGUAUACCACAUAUCAAUAAUAUUCUGAGAUUUUCUUUUCUGAGAAAAGAUCGGGCUUUCAUGGCUAUUGGUGGCCCACAGGGUGUUGUUGAUGGAGGGGAUUCUUCAGUUGAUGAUUGCUCGCUGAUUAAGACUGCCAUUAGUUACACGAAGGAUAUAACCCAACUUGAUUUGCAGAAAUGCCAACAAUGGAAUCGUUUCCUUGAGAUUCACUAUGAUAGACUUGGCAAGGAUGGGCUUUUUAGCCAUAAAGAAAUCACUGUACUGUAUAUUCCAGAUUUGUCGGAAUGUCUCCCUUCAUUAGAAGCAUGGAGAGAUCAAUUGCUUGCACACAAGAAAGCCAUAGCUGAGAGGGAGCAGCGUCUUUCUGCACAGAAAAACAAGAAAUCUGUUGAGAAGAACACAGUGAAAGGGGGGCAAAGUAGUAAAAAAUCUGAUAAAGAUGCUGAUUCCACGAAAACUGUUAAAGUGGAAGGCAAACUGAUAACGCCCGUUAAAGAGGAAAAGAAAGAAUCAGAUGGUACACCCUCAAGACAGCCAAUUGAUAGUAAGAAAAUUGAAGAAGGUGGAAGUGAGAUUCCCCAAGACAAUGCCAAAGAUCCCGAGAACAAAGACGAAGGAGAAGGGGGUGAUGAUGGGAAGGCUCUAGAGAAAAAGGGUACUGAAAGAACACCUACUGGUCAGGGAACUGAAGCUAAAAAGUCCUGGAAGAAGAAAAUUGUUAAGAAGGUUGUGAAACUGAAAAUUGCUGAUAAAAAAGCUGGCGAAGAGAUUACUAUAAGCACUAAUAGUCAGAAAGGUGAUGUAGACAAACAAGGUGCGUCCGACACUACCGUUAAUCCCGACGGGACUACUGUUGAUCCCUCCGGUGUUAAAACUCUCACCAGGAAGAAAGUUGUGAAGAAGGUUCCUGCAGGAAAGACUCCUCAGAAAGAAGAUAAGGAUUUGACUUCAAAUGAUACUCAAGAUGUGUUAAAACUGGAGAAACCAGUAGAGGGUCAAGAAGAUGAAAAAGAUAAUGCAUCUGUUCAGCAAGUUGCUGUUAAAACAAGUGGAAAGAAGAAGAUCAUCAAAAGGGUACCUAAAAGAAAAGCUAGUCUAGUGGGAAGCUCUAGUGUGGGUGCUGAUGAUAAGAAGGAUGAGGACAAUGAUGAGAAGAAGGUAGUGCUGGAGGGAAGUGAUGAUGAAAAAAUGAAAGAGCAAGCUGCAAGUGCAAAAAAGGUUACGGUGGAGGAGAAAAAAAUGGUGAAGAAAACUAAUAAGAAACCAGAAUCUAUAAAGACUAGUGGUGGUAAGAAAGAGGCUGCAAAUAGUGUUGGUGAAAAGGAUGAGAAGGUGGAUAGGGAGAAAAAAGGUUUUGAUGACAAAAAAGAUUCGAGUGCGAAAAAGGAGUCAAAUCCUUCGAAAGAAAAGAGCUCUGGAAAGGAUAGUCCGCAUCUCAACAAGGACAGGGUAAAAAAUGCGAAUGAGAAAAAAGGCAAAGAUGAGAAAGACGAUUCGAGGCAUAAAUUAAGUAAGAUUGUGAAAGAAAAGGGUAAGGACGAGGAACCUCCAAGAUACCCUGGCUUGGUUCUACAGACCAAAUCGAGCAAAGAUUCCAAAAUACGCUCAAUGUCACUAUCGUUGGAUGCACUUCUGGAUUACAAUGACAAGGAUAUCGAUGAAUCAACUUUUGAGCUCUCACUUUUUGCGGAAGCACUCUAUGAAAUGCUACAGUACCAAAUGGGUUGUCGACUGUUGACAUUUCUCCAGAAACUGCGCUUAAACUUUGUGAAGAAAAGGGAUCAAAGGAAAAGAGAACGUGAUGAAAAUCCCGUGAAGCAGGUGAAGCCUUCAAAAAAGAAACUGAAGACAACUGAAGCUACUCCAACGGAUGAAGAGUCUACAAAAGAUGCUAAUUCAAAUUCAAACCACAAAGAAGAACUCAUAGAUGGGUGUGGCGACUCCAAAAUGGAUGAUGAAGCAGAUGAUUAUGAUCCCGAGGAAGAUGUCGAUGAUGAUCAAGAAAUGGAAGCUGAGUUCGAUCAGCAUGACAAACCCAAGGAGCUGCAGGCUAGAAAUGAAGAUGAACCGGCUGGUGCAGAGGUUACGGUAGAAAAGGGAAUAAGUGAAACAAAUACUAAAACUGAGGAAUCUGCGCUGGGAGAUAAGACUGAUGAGAUAACUGCUGGGAAAGAAGAUAAAUCCAAUUUGGCAACAAAAGAAGCAGAGGUAGACACAGAAGCAAAUAAAAAGCCUGUCAAAGAGGAGGGGAUUGUUGAUAAGGAACUAUUGCAGGCAUUCAGGUUCUUUGACCGGAAUCGGUUGGGCUACAUAAAGGUUGAGGACCUGAGGUCGAUUAUUCACAACCUAGGGAAAUUUAUUUCUCAUAGGGAUGUCAAGGAACUUGUGCAGAGUGGGCUGAUAGAAAGUAACACGUAUAGAGAUAAUCGGAUACUCUACAAUAAACUGGUGAAGCUCUCAAAAUGUGAUAUUUGAUCGAAUAGACGAGGUUGACAUAGUUUAGCUUUUAUUUUGGGGAUGUCUUGUUUUUGGUCGCUCUGAAGUCAUUUCACUUUCAGUUUGAUGAAAAAUACCUUGUAACCGCAAGUCAUUCUUGAAAAACUAAUAGAACCUCCUACUCCAUUGUUAUGCACCACUUUGAAAGGAAAUUUAAAAAUGCCAAAGAGGUUUUUUUUUUCUUUU